GAUCCAUUACCUUCUGGGUCAAGAAUAUUCGUUUCGAAUUUUAGGGUUUAUCAAGUUCUUUACCAGCCAUAUAUAUCUAAAUAUUUGUUGUCACUGGUCAUUUUAUUUCUCGUAUAAUUCAACGCAGCAGCAGCAGCCAUUUUUACUUAACAAUAAGAGAGAUGGAGCAGACCUUUAUCAUGAUUAAGCCUGAUGGUGUUCAGAGAGGCUUGGUUGGUGAAAUCAUUAGCAGGUUUGAGAAGAAAGGUUUCACUUUGAAAGGUUUGAAGCUUAUUACUGUUGACCAGCCUUUUGCUGAGAAGCACUAUGCUGAUCUCUCCGCAAAGCCCUUUUUCCGUGGCUUGGUAGAAUACAUUGUCUCUGGCCCUGUUUGCGCAAUGGUGUGGGAGGGUAAAAAUGUAGUUACAACUGGUCGUAAGAUUAUUGGUGCAACAAACCCUGCCGAGUCUGCUCCCGGAACCAUCCGCGGCGAUUUUGCUAUUGACAUUGGCAGGAAUGUCAUCCAUGGUAGUGACGCAGUUGAAAGCGCAAGAAAAGAAAUUGCUCUCUGGUUUCCCGAGGGCAUUGCAGAAUGGCAGAGCAGCCUUCACUCCUGGAUCUAUGAAUGAAGUUCUUUGCUUCAAUCUUAAAACAAAGUAAUUGUGUUUUGUGAUGUACUGUUUUACCCUUGAGGGAUAUAUUCGACUUUGAUGACUUUUUAAGCGUCCUAAUGUUUCUUAUGUGAGCUGAGAUUUAUAGCAACUAUGGUUUGUUUGCAUCA